UUAAAACAACUCCGUCAGUUGAUAAUUCAAUCAUAUUGGUAGCACGACUGAGUCACUAUCAUUCCAACAAAUCAAAACACCUGCAAUUCUCCAUUAAACAAAGGAUAAUCCAGCCAAAUCAAUCGCACACCAUGUUGAACUAUUCCAUUUCCAGAAACAUUUGUUGGGAAUUCAAACAACCCCAUCAAUUCUUCCCUGGAAAAGUUGUCAACGUUUUUCCAAGGAAAACAUGGCACCUCUUUUCGAGUAUUUUGUAGUUUGUGGAAUUGGCCCAGAAAUUCGUACUUUAGAUGGAAUUACUGGUUAUUAUGGCAUGAAUUAUGUAUAUGAAUCUUCUCUUAUUGAUCAAUACCCUCGUUUUGGUCACUCCCUUUAUGCUCCUUUGCCACCUGAGCUUCCUAUGUGUGUUUUGCCGGCAGGGAUUGAGUUCUAUAGGUCAGGCUUGGAUGCAAAUGAUCCCUCAAGUUAUCCGCGGAGCUAUCCCGUUGUUUUAACGGCGGGUGAUGGGGCUAAAAUUUAUGUUAGCUGUAUUGCUUUCCGGGAUUCUGUUGAUGAAGACAUUGGUGAAGCAUAUGGUAUACCACUGAACUCAUUUGCUGGAAAGUGUAUUUCUCUCGUUUCACGAAUGCCCUGUUUUAGUGUACUUCGUGAUGCACUUGAGGAGAUAUUUGCUCUUUGCUUUUCCACUAGAGGAAGUCGCAAGCCACUUUGGGAGGUUAUAUCAGCAACAGUUUGCAAAGUUCCUAUGCCCACUCCAGGAAUUGAUAGAGUUCUGUUUGCAAUCAACAACUGCUUGUUCUCUGCUGAGGCUCCUCCAUACGGACUUCCGCAUGCUGAUAUAUCCUUUCAGCCGUUGGUAGAAUGCCUGGAUGCCCAUAACAUAAUUAUUCUUUUUACGGCAGUAUUGCUUGAAAGGAGGAUCUUGCUUCGAUCAGAUAAGUACACACUCUUGACACUUGUCUCAGAGGCUCUAUGUCAUCUAAUGUAUCCAUUUCAGUGGCAGAACGUCUACAUUCCGUUGCUCUUCUCAAAAGGAGUGGACUACGUUGAUGCUCCAACCCCGUAUAUCAUCGGUCUUCAUUCAAGUGUUGAUACAUCUGGACUUUCAAUGGAUGGUGUUGUUACUGUUGAUAUUGAUCACAACUGCAUCUCCACGUCAGAGGAGAUACCUCCUGUACCAGAACCAGAGUUAAGCUUGUUGCAUGAGGAUAUAAAGAAUCUGUUGUAUCCAGUUGUGAUGCGUAUAGACGAGAUAAAUGCUGGCUUUGGGGAACUAUAUAUGGGAUGCCCUAAAGUUGCUGCCAAGCCUUGGGGAAAGGGCCAUGAUCUUCAACUAAGGCUUAUAUUCCUCAAGUUCUUUGCUAAGAUCUUAUCAGGAUACCGUAACUUUAUUGUAAAUAACACGGAAUGUACCUUUGAUGCUCAAGCAUUUAUAGUGCAUAGGUGUCGUUCAAAUAAUCAAGUGCCAGAUCCUAUGAUAGCUGAAUUUCUUAGCUCUCAAGGGUUUUCAAAUUACAUAGAAAAAGUAAUGUCAUCUGGUGAAAGCAAUGACAAUGUCCUCGAUAAGUUAAUAGAUGCAAUUUGGAGAGGUGAAAGUCCUAUGUCGGUAUUUCCAUCAUCUCAUUCAGACUUGAUGAUUAUAACCAUACCAGACCCUACAGAUGGAGUUUCAGGUGGUGCUAAAUGCACAUAUGCUAAAUUUCCUGCUAACAUUAGAGAAGAAGUGGAAGAUGAAAAGAGGAAGCAGAUCCUAAAAUGCAUAAAAGACAAGGAUGAUGAGGAGAAAGGAGUGAUCUUGGACAUAAAAGUGAAGCUGCAGGGAUUGUGGAUCUCCCUUCUGAAACUUGGAGAUGCGGAUGUUAUUCUUUCAUCCGAUGAAUAUGAGACAAUUCUUGCUCUAGUUGAGACAGAUGCCAAAGGAAUUGUUGGUAGAACCUUAAUUGAGUGUGUAAGGGAACACAUGAAUGAUGGAUGGAAUGGUCAGUUGUCUGAGGAACAGUUUGUUGCUGUGAAGGAACUGGUGAAAGUACUUAUUACAUGUGCAACCUACCAAAAUGACAUGCCAACUUUGAGAGAGGCGCUGGAAGUGUCGGCAGAGAUGUACAGGAAGGAUUUCAAUAAUGUUUCAGACUACAUCCAACGUCAUCUCAUUUCUCUAUCCAUCUGGGAGGAUAUAGGGUUCUGGGAAGCAUACUUCGAGAGUCUGAUGGAGCAGUGUUUGAGCAAGACUUCCAGUAAUGAGAGCCUCAUUAUGUCACAAUUGGUCGUGGUAGCAUCACAUAUGGGAGGCUUGGGUAUGGCAGAUACAGAUGCGUGGCCAAUAAUACAAAAUAUAGCCCAGAAAAAUGUCAGUUUUGAGCAUUAUAUACAACUCAGAGGGUACUUUUCAUAUAUUCAUCAACUACAAAUGGUUUACUGGGGAAUAUCAGAUUUAAAGGCUCAAUCAUUAUCUUCUUCUGGCUUGCAAUCCCCACAUUUUCAAGAUGCUACAGUAGAUUGUCAACAACCUUCGAAGGCAUCUACUACCGCAAGAAACUGGGUCAGGAGCAUGUUUGGGAGGGAAUCAGUGCUAAAAGUAAACUCUUUCAGCCAUGCUCCUGGGUGGACAUUUGAAACCGAAACAGCAGCUGCAACUGAGAGUGGUACGCCUCGCAAACAAAAUUUUCCGAACUCAGGACAGAAGAGAAGUCAAACAAAUGUGCGAGUUCUUAGGGGCCACCGUAGCGCUAUUACUGCUUUACAUUGUGUCACGAAAAGAGAUGUUUGGGAUGUGGUCAGCGAUCGUGAAGAUACAGGCUUCUUUAUUAGUGGAAGUACAGACUGCACGGUUAGAAUAUGGGAUCCUAAUCAACGUGGUUCUGAACUUCGGGCAACUUUGAGAGGUCAUACAGGUGCCGUGCGUGCAAUAAGUUCCGAUCGAGAGAAGGUGGUAUCAGGGUCUGAUGAUCAGUCUAUUGUGAUCUGGGAUAAACACGAGUUUAUUCCUCUGGAAGAGCUGAAGGGUCAUGAAGCACAGAUUAGUAGCGUGCGGUUGCUCUCAGGUGACCGUAUCCUUAGUUCUUCCCAUGAUGGAACUGUUAAAAUGUGGGAUGCCAGAAAUGGUAGUUGCAUAGCAACAGUUGCCCGUUGCCCAGGUUCCGUGCUUUGCAUGGAAUAUGAUGACACUACUGGAAUUUUGGCUGCUGCUGGUAGAGAUUCUACUGUGCACAUAUGGGAUAUCCGUGCAGGUAAGCAUAUCCACAAACUACUCGGACAUACAAAAUGGAUCCGUAGCAUCAGGAUGGUGGGAGACACUGUGAUUACUGGAAGUGAUGACUGGACUGCUAGAGUCUGGUCCAUUUCAAGAGGCGCUUGCGAUGCAGUUUUGGCAAAUCAUGGGGGGCCAGUUCUGUGUGUUGAGUAUUCAGCACUGGAUGAGAAAAUCAUUACAGGGUCUGAUGAUGGGUCAGUUAGGUUUUGGGAGUAUGCUGCUUACAACAUUGAAUGUACUAAAAAUAUGAAUCUGCAUAGUUCUAUACUGUCUAUUAAUGCUGGAGAUCAGUGGUUGGGAAUUGGUGCAGCAGAUAAUUCCAUGUUGUUAUUUCAUCAGUCUCAAGACAGGUCUGGUGGGUGGCAGCUGUACAGAACACCACAUUCUUCAGCUACUAUGGUUAGAUGUGUAGCUUCAGACCUGGAUCAGAAAAGGAUCUGCAGUGGUGGUCGUGAUGGUCGACUUAGACUAUGGGAUGCUACCACCAAUUUCUAAUGCUACAUUGUCAUCCCAUUCUGGAUCUAACAACUUCAGCUGCAUUUAGAAAACUAGCAAGUGUUUUUGGGAGUGAGAUAGGUUUUUAUUGGUUGGAAACUAACAGUCCUUCCCUUGGAACUUAAGUAGGGUGGAAAGAAUGAUAUUCUUGUUGCUUUCAUUGACGAUACAGUGCAUCAUUUACUGAUUUAUCCUUUGCUUUUAGAUGGAGUGAAGUAAAGUAAAAAAAAAAAAUCAAGGAAAUUGAAUAUUGGACGCAGGCCACAGAUGUAGGGCUUCUGUUAAGUUGGAAUGUUUUAAGAGUUUUGUUACAGUGCACUUGUAUUAGUUGUAUAUGUUGGACAUGAUAUAAAAAAAAUGUAACUAAUCAUACUCAAAACUAUACAGGAAAGUUCUCAUUUAUGCAAAGAGUGAUACCUUGGUAGGUU